AUGGGUUUGGACGAUGUGUUGAUGAGUCUCGCCAUGAUCUUUGUCACAGGUCUCAGCAUUUCCACCAUCUUAGCUAUCAGAAUUUACGGCUUCCAGUGGCAUGCUUGGGAUCAGACCGAGUUCACACAUGUGACGUCUCGCAAGGUAUGUAUCAAAAUGAAGCAUGUGGAUUUCAAGCUAACAGUCGUCAAGAUGUCCAUGUCCGUUGAGCUCAACUACCUAGCCUCUACCACGCUGAUCAAGAUCUCUAUCCUGUGCUUUUAUCGACGCAUCACCGGCUCUCUGAAGACCGCAUUUGUGUAUUCAAUCUGGGUCAUGAUUGCAUUCUGCGCCAUAUACGCCAUUAUAUUUGGAUUUCUUCUUGUCUUCACCUGCGACCCAGUCGUUGGCACCUUCCACCUUUUCGACCUCGCAUGGCGUUUCAAGAAUCCAGUCACCUGCCGAGACGAAGGCGCGAUUGUUGUCGCCUGUGCAAUUGUCGGGACGUUUCAAGACCUCGUUAUCUGCUUGCUACCAAUCUUCCUCGUAUGGAACCUCAAGAUGCCAAAGCGGACGAAAAUCGCACUCUGUGGUAUUUUCGCUAUUGGUCUGGUCACAUGCGUUUGUGGUAUCUUGCGCACAUACUACGCGACCUACGUGUAUUACUACACCUUCGACAUCACCUGGUAUGCGUACUACGGUUGGAUAUGGACAGCGCUCGAAGCUGAUCUGGGUGUGAUCUGCGCUUCUGCGCCAGCGUUGAAGGUGUUUUUCAAGCGAUACUUUUCCAUGACAAACUCUACAUCUGGGGCCUACGGGUAUGGCAGGUCCACUAUCAACAAAUCAUCGAACCUACUGUCACGAUCGCGCGGCAAACCGUCGUUUUCAGGACACUCUGCAAUGGCGUCACGCGCAGAUACCAGCGAUGAUCCAGACGCUCUGCCACUGCAGGGUAUCAAAGUUAGCCAGGGUCUAGAUGUUCAUGUUGAACAGAGGGACGACGUCAGCCAAAAGAGCUUCGCCAGUACAAGGAAUCUCACUUCUUCUGAUGGAAAAAGCUUGAACACCUGGGUUCAGAGGAGUACCAUCUGCGCUGCAUUCAAGCCAGGAAGCCAGAAUGACUCUCCCAGUCCUGCACGAGACAGAGACAUCGAGCGUGGCGCAAUUCACGACGAUUACGGAUCGAAGAGGUAUUGA